GCCCAACUUCUCGACGCUCCACUGUGGCACUUGGCAGUUCUGCCGAAUGCGGUGUAUAGUGGUGUUUUGUUCAAAGUUUAUCUAUACUGAGAGUCCUUUUUAUUUCGAAAUUUCGAUCUCAACCAGGCCGCGAUGUCGAUCUCAGCGAUCUACAUCCUGGACGUGAAGGGCAAGGUCCUGAUUGCGCGGAACUACCGCGGUGACAUCGAGACAGGAGUAAUCGAAAAAUUCAUGCCCCUGGUGAUGGACCGCGAGGAGGAGUGCAACCUGACUCCUAUAAUCCAGACCCCGGAGUGCACCUACUCCUACAUCAAAUACAACAACCUUUACAUAGUCUCCACCACCAGGAAGAACUCCAACAUCUCGCUCGUCUUCGUAUUCCUGCACAAGGUUGUGUCCGUGAUGAGCGAGUACUUCAAGGAACUCGAGGAGGAGAGCAUCCGGGACAACUUUGUCGUUAUCUACGAACUCCUCGACGAGCUUCUCGACUUUGGUUAUCCGCAGACAACCGACAGCAAAAUCCUCCAGGAGUACAUCACCCAAGAGGGUCACAAACUGGAAAUACAACCCCGGAUUCCGAUGGCAGUGACGAACGCCGUUUCCUGGCGGUCCGAAGGUAUCAAGUAUCGUAAAAACGAGGUCUUCCUCGACGUGAUCGAGUCCGUGAAUCUCCUCGCAAAUGCCAACGGCAAUGUCCUUAGUUCGGAAAUAGUUGGCGCGAUCAAAAUGAGAGUUUACCUAUCCGGAAUGCCGGAAUUGCGACUCGGCUUGAAUGACAAAGUCCUCUUCGAGUCGACAGGCAGGGGCAAAUCCAAGUCCGUCGAGCUCGAGGAUGUCAAGUUCCACCAGUGUGUCCGACUCUCGCGCUUCGAGAAUGACAGGACCAUUUCCUUCAUCCCUCCCGACGGCGAAUUCGAACUCAUGUCCUAUCGCUUGAACACCCAUGUGAAGCCACUGAUCUGGAUCGAGUCUGUGAUUGAGCGACACGCACACAGCCGGGUGGAGUACAUGAUCAAGGCCAGGUCGCAAUUCAAGCGACGCUCGACCGCGAACAAUGUCGAGAUUGUCAUUCCCGUGCCGAAUGACGCGGACUCGCCGAAAUUCAAAACGACAAUUGGAAGUGUCAAGUACUCGCCGGAGCAGAGUGCCAUCACUUGGUCGAUCAAGUCGUUUCCGGGGGGAAAGGAGUAUCUGAUGCGGGCGCAUUUCGGUCUGCCUUCGGUGGUCGGCGAGGACGUGGAAGGCAAGCCUCCGAUCCAGGUCAAGUUCGAGAUUCCCUAUUUUACCACCUCGGGAAUUCAGGUGAGGUAUCUGAAGAUUAUUGAGAAGAGCGGAUACCAGGCGCUACCCUGGGUAAGAUACAUUACGCAGAACGGUGACUAUCAGCUUAGGACCAACUAAGUAGGGCCGAAUCAGACGAUUCGAGUGAGCAGGGACGAGGUUUAUAUUAGGACUGGGUUUCGAGAUUUGUGGUAAAUUCUCUGGGGCAUUUGAAUCAUGAUUGAUGGCUCCCGGAAAUUAGACGGUUUGAUCCUUUCAGUUAUCACAGGUAGCAUGUCACUAGCAUUUCCUCUCCUUCAGUGGUUAUGCGGUUGUGAGUUAAAUCAUUACGAGGAUGGUUAUUGUCCUUCUGAAUAAGAAACAGAAUUCUGAUAAGAUUUGUUGCGAGAAACGCGAAUCUGAAAUGUUCAAAUUGAUAGCUUGAAUAGUUUUCGGGGUAUCGAGUUUUUUAUGUUGAUAUAAUUGACUCAUUUAAUUUUUAUAAUUUGAUUCCGAUUUUUUAUGAGACUAAUUCACUCCCGAGAGUAGGGAAUAGAAAAAAUGGCGGGCAAUUUUUUGUUUCCUGUGAGACUUUGUGUGGAUAAUGUCUGGUAAAAUGCGAGAAAUGUUACAUGUGAUAGAUUGACGGAUCUUUUGUUACUAGUAUUAGGUCUACAAAUUAAUUCGGUGCCUUAACUUUGAUCUGUUGCUACUCUUGGUUUAGUUUGAAUUUUUUUCCGUUCUGAGGUAGUUUUUAAGGACAAGCUUUAAAAUUCAAAACAGAAUUUAAUAGGUGGCGGCCUUGCGGACUUAACCAGGGUAUUUAAUCUACCUGGAAAACCUGAAAUUGUCAGGGAAUUUUUAUAUACCUGGAAAUGACGGAUUUUUUAAGUCAUGGAUUUUUUUCGAGAAUAUGUCUAAUGUUUUUAAUUUGUAAUAUAAAAUUGAAUAAAAAUAAUUUUUUAUUUGUGAAAGUAGCUUUAUAUUACUGUAUUUAGCUUCUUUUCGCUGGAUACUUUAACAGUGUGUUUGCAAUUUUUUCUCUUUGACUGGAAAAUCUUUUUUAGUUGAAAAUUCAAGACUAGCUG